CUCUCUCUCUCUCUCUCUCUCUCUCUCUCUCUCUCUCUCUCUCUCCCUCUCUCUCCGUCCCUCCCUCAGACACCCCCACACUCAGUCAAUCCACAGCUCUGUCAGUCUGUCCUUCCCUGUAAACACCUUCAUCAUCUCCUCUUCUUUCCUCUUCUUGCCACACAGCAUUAUGUCCGCAAACGGCGCAGACGGGGACUUGCUGCGGAUCCCUCUGGGGCUCAUCAACAGCGCGGGCAAGUAUCUCACUGCGGAGACUUUCGGCUUCAAAAUCAACGCCUCUGCCAGCAGCCUGAAGAAGAAGCAGACAUGGACCCUGGAGCAGACCGGGGAGGACGGCAGCGCGGUUUUCCUGCUGACCCACCUGGGCCGCUACCUAGCCACAGACAAAGACGGGAACGUUACCGCGGACAGCGAGACGCGCGGUAAGGACUGCCGCUUCGUAAUAACCGCGCACGAAGACGGGCGGUGGUCCCUGCAGUCCGAACCCCACGGCCGGUUCCUCGGCGGCAGUGAGGACCGGAUCACGUGCUUCGCGCAAACCGCCUCACCUGCAGAAAAGUGGAGCGUGCACCUCGCCGUGCACCCCCAGGUGAAUCUGUACAGCUUCGCGCGAAAACGCUUCGCCCACCUGAGCGCACAAGGGCAGGAGGUGUCAAUAAACCGGGACGUGCCAUGGGGAGUCGACUCGCUCGUGACUCUGGUCUACAGAGACGAGCGCUACCACCUCGAGACCUGCGAUAACCGCUUCCUCCGCAAUGAUGGCAGCCUGUCCACUAAAACAGACAAGGAUACUGGCUACAUGCUGGAGUUCCGCUCUGGAAAAGUGGCAUUCCGCGACUGCAGCGGCCGCUACCUGGCGCCUGCGGGCCCCACCGGUACUAUGAAGUCUGGGAAGAGCACGCGAGUGGGGAAGGAUGAACUGUUUGGCCUGGAGCGCAGCCACGCGCAGGUCGUGCUGACUGCAGGCAACGAGAGAAACGUGUCCACGCGGCAAGGCAUGGACCUGUCAGCCAAUCAGGACGAGGAAGGGGACCAGGAAGUCUUCCAGUUGGAGAUGAGCCGUGAGGACAGGAAGUGUGCCUUCAGGACAGCUGCUGGAAAAUACUGGACUCUGACAGCCAACAGUGGACUGCAGUGCACGGCCUCCAACAAGUCUGGCAAUAGUUUCUUUGAGCUGGAAUGGCGUGAUGGUCGUGUGUGUGUACGUGCAGCUAAUGGCAAAUAUGUGGUCGCUAAGAAGAACGGGCAGCUAGCUGCUACUGUUGACAACACAGGGGAUGCUGAACAGUUCCUGAUGAAGCUGAUCAACCGUCCCCUCAUCGUCCUUCGUGGAGAGCAUGGUUUCAUCGGGACUCGUAAGGCUGGAAUAGCAACCCUGGACUCCAACCGUGCAUCUUAUGAUGUAUUCCAGCUGGAGUUCCACAAUGGAGCUUAUUCCCUUAAAGACUCCAUGGGGAAGUACUGGUGUGUUGGAGACGACACGGCAGUGGUGUGCGGCAGCUCCACACCCGUCCAGUUCCUGUUUGAGUUCUGUGACCUCAACAAGAUGGCCAUACGUGCUCUCGGGGGGAAGUACCUUAAAGGAGACCACGCUGGAGGGCUAAAGGCGAGCGCCGACUCCCUGGACAACGCCACCCUCUGGGAAUAUUAAAAAAAGCACAGUCAGACUUCUCAACUGUCCGACACAAUGCUUCAAACUAUUCAUAGAUACUUUAGGUAGCUGUUUUUAUUUGCAUAUGUGCGUGUGUGUAAUUGUGAACUUGUCUGGAUGGAUGUGUGGUGGAUAUUGACGCUGAUUAACUGGAAGUCAUGGCACCAAAGCACUACAGGUGUUUCUUAUUUUCUCGAUGAUCUCUUCUUACUGGAAAUUUGUAUGUAUGUUGUUGCUUGAUGAACGAAUCAAAGUGUGGCUCCACAUUUAAAAGUUUCACUUCCAGUCAAAUUUACACAAACUGUACCUGAUAUAUAUCAGGAUGAUUAUCGUUAUUGGUUGUGCCUAUCUAUAUGUGGAAUGAUAUAACUCACAACGUACAAUAUCUAACUUUCUCCUGCUAAUUGCUGACUCUAUUGUGCUGCCUUCAUAUUUUGCUUUCAGACUAUAACACAUUAUUAGAUACAUCAGAUAAUAGGGUGUUGUUUCUGCUGUAAAUAAAGCUUUCUGUUCUGGUAAACACACAAUGAUGGACACUUUAAGUGCAUGAAUGUGUGAGACUGCAAAAAAAAGGGAUGUGAUUGGCAGAUCUAUUGUGCUUUGCCUGUAUACCUCGAACUGCACCUUGUUUCCUUUCCCUUUCUGAGAUGUGCAGGCAGACACAUCUGUAUUUAGACUGAGACAUCUACACAAUAGUUAGAAUUCAAAGGAGAUGUAUAUUCCAUUAAGUUUUUCAAUAAUACUUUAAAAGGAAAUAAAUGAAAGAAGGUGUCAAGUUAAAGGAACUCUCUUUGUUAAAAUGAUCCUUUUUGAUCAAAGGAGUGAAGGGGGCAGGGCUGCUUGUAUGUACUACAUACUCAAAUGCAUAUGAAUAUACAAAUACGCAGGCGUAUACAAAAUUCGCACUGUGACUUAGAAUCUGCACAAUGAUGUAAUGUCCAACUGCUAGCGACGAAAAGCACAUUUUUGGAGUGUAAAAUGUCUGCCUUAGUUUGGGUGCUGCUAGAUGUGUAAACAUUUGGAGAGAGUCAGUCAUUUCUCCGGCUGUUACUGUGUCUGUGCCUUCCAUAAAGUGUUCAGUCUUCUUCUUUUUUCAAGGUCCUACCAUUGAUAACAAACCGCAAUAAAGUUUUCCCUCCAAACAGUG